AAAAUGGGAUCGGUUGAUUCAGAAUUGGAUUCAAUUUUUCCCGAUAAAAAAAGCCACCGUAACCGUCUUGUUCCUAUCGGUGCAUUUCUCACUGCGGGAGUGCUCACUGCUGGACUCAUUAGUUUCAAACAGGGAAAUUCUCAAUUAGGUCAGCAACUAAUGAGAGCUAGAGUUCUUGUUCAAGGUGGUACAGUUGCACUGAUGGUCGGGUCAGCGUAUUACUAUGGAGAUAGUUUUAAGCGUGCUGGGUGACUGACUGCCAGGAGACGUCUGUGGACUUCCUCAUUUGCCUGUCACAAGUUUAUAUCUGCAGGGAAAAAGGAUUCCAUAUCUUGCUAGGAGGCUGUUCUUUUCAUGGCUGCAAUUACCACCCCCACCAGACAGGAAAAAAGGAGAGGAAAAUAAAUAACAGAGUGAAAAUAAUGCUGUUUUUAUGUUUUUAUUAAUUAAGGGGGGGACGUGAUUCUCCUGGUUUCCGUCUAAUUUAAGUGGUUUUUAUUUGAUGUUAGUUGAAAUUGACAAGCUUUUAAGGAUCCAAACAAAGAAAGAAAGACUAUUAUUGAGUAUAUGGUGUCUCACGUUGGAUAUAAAAAGGUUUUGUGAAAAUUGUUUACCUAUAUUUCCUUAGGUGUUGAGUUGAAUGUUUAAAUUCUUUUCAAUUGGUUUAAGGUUUUUAUGAUGGAAUAGAGAAGAUAUGAUUUAUUAUGA